GAUUGGCCGGAGCGCCCGCCGCUCACUGUCAGGGGUUGCGAGAUCCAGGCCGCGGGCGAUGCUGCUGCGGAGCGUCGUCGGGGGAGGCCGGGCGGUAACCGCCGCGGCCCGUGGCUCGGGGGCUCCCCCGCUCUCCAGCCGAGACUGCCGCGAGAGGCUUCCUGGAGGUGGCAGCUUUCUUCAAAGGCACCAUCCCGGAGCGCAAGCCCCUGAUGGGUGCAGAAAAUUCGGGAAAGACCACAUAGAGGCGGGCUCCCAAGCAGGUGCAGACAGCACCAGGCCACCCAAGGCCUCACUGCCCAGCGAGGGCCCUUCAGAACCCCAGUACCCUCUGCCACCUGAGCUCCAGCCGCCCACAAACUGCUGCAUGAGUGGUUGCCCCAACUGUGUGUGGGUGGAGUAUGCGGACAGGCUUCUGCAGCACUUCCAGGACGGUGGGGAGCGGGCCCUGGCUGCCCUGGAGGAGCAUGUGGCUGACGAGAACCUCAAGGCCUUCCUCAGGAUGGAGAUCCGACUUCACACCAGGGUCUGGAGGCUGAGCCAGCCCUGCUGGACUCCCUCCCCCAGGACGGAGUCCGGGACACAGCCGCAGUCUCCUUCCUUCACACCCCCUCACAGACUCCUUGUAUCCAACGGGAAUGGGAAAAUUAUUUAUUGACUUCACCUGAGAAAAAAAUAAAUUCUCUACGGUGGUUUCACAGGA